GGUCACUGCAGUUGUCAGGAAUGUUUUGCCUCAGAGGCUUAGGGCCGUCUCAACUUGGAGACAGAAAAACCCAUCUCCUACUCCUGGCUCAAACCUUUGCUUUCUUAUCUCCAGCUCACACCUUUAAGUCUUUUGUAAUUAAAGGACAUUUAUCCAGGAAAGGAUUUUUCCACCUCCUUGGAGAACACAGCCCUCCAGUGUCUCCUGCAGCCUGGAGCCUGUGACAUUCUGGAAGCAUGGAAGGCAUGGACUUGCUAGGGUUUCUCAUCAUCACACUAAAUUGCAACGUGACCAUGGUGGGAAAGCUCUGGUUCGUCCUCACGAUGCUGCUGCGGAUGCUGGUGAUCGUCUUGGCUGGGCGCCCGGUCUACCAGGACGAGCAGGAGAGAUUUGUCUGCAACACGCUGCAGCCGGGAUGCGCCAACGUUUGCUAUGACGUCUUCUCCCCUGUGUCUCACCUGCGAUUCUGGCUGAUCCAGGGCGUGUGCGUCCUCCUCCCCUCCGCUGUCUUCAGCGUCUAUGUCCUGCACCGAGGAGCCACGCUAGCCGCGCUGGGCCCCCGCCGCUGCCCCGAACCCCGGGACACGGCCUCCGGGCAGAGACGCUGCCCGGGGUCCUGCAGGCAGCGCGGCGGCCUCGAGGUGCCCGACUUCUCGGCCGGCUACAUCAUCCACCUCCUUCUCCGGAUCCUGCUGGAGGCAGCCUUCGGGGCCUUGCACUACCUUCUCUUUGGGUUCCUGGCCCCAAAUAAGUUCCCUUGCACGCGUCCUCCGUGCACGGGCGUGGUGGACUGUUACGUGUCGCGGCCCACGGAGAAGUCCCUGCUGAUGCUGUUCCUCUGGGCGGUCAGCGCACUGUCUUUCCUGCUGGGCCUCGCGGACCUGGUCUGCAGCCUGCGGCGGCGGAUGCGCAGAAGGCCCGGACCCCCGACGAGCCCCUCCAUCCGGAAGCAGAGCGGAGCCCCUGGCCACCCCGAGGGACACCCGACGGACAAGGAGGGUGGGCGGGAGCAAGAGGGGGCGCCUGCACCCCCGGGUGCACGCGCCGGAGGGGAGGGGGCCGGCAGCCCCAGGGGUACCUCCAGGGUGUCAGGGCACACGAAGAUUCCGGAUGAGGAUGAGAGUGAGGUGACAUCCUCCGCCAGCGAAAAGUUGGGCAGGCAGCCCCGGGGCAGGCCCUACCGAGAGGCCGCCCAGGACCCGAGGGGCUCAGGAUCCGAGGAGCAGCCCUCAGCAGCUCCCAGCCACCUAGCCGCUCACCCUUCCUGCAGCCGCCUGCAGCCCCCUGACCCGCCUGCCAGCUCCCUCGGUGCUCCCCACCUGAGAGCCAGGAAGUCUGAGUGGGUGUGAAAAAAACAGCACCUGGCCAUGCCCCGGGGCUCACGCCUGUAAUCCCAACACUUUGGGAGGCCCAAGCAGCAGGAUCGCUUGAGAAUGUAUCUCCUUGCCCAGGAGUUUGAGACCAGCCUGGGCAACAUAGUGAGACCCUUGUCUCUACAAAAUAUCUAAAAAUUAGCUGGGCACAGUGGCUCCCGCCUGUAGUCCCGGUUACUUGGAGGGCUGAGGUGGGAGGAUCAUUUGAGCCUGGGAGAUUGAGGCUGCAGUGAGCCAAGAUCAUGGCAUGGCACUGCACUGCAGCCUGGGCAACACAGUGAGACCCUGUC